AUGGUUGGUAAGAAGUCGGGCAAAGCCCUUCGGGAUGAAGGCUUGGAGCGGACGGACAAUAAUAUGGACCUCUCGAGCUGGCCGCAAGUAGCGGCAAUUAAUCAGAAGAACUACUACACUGACUAUCUGAAGAGAGACGAUCAGAGUCUAGCCUUCAGACUGCAAAACGAAGAGGCAAGGACGAAAAUGACAAAGAAGGCCAAGGACAAGGACCGCGCCCUCGCGAUGGCCAACAGUAAUGAAGCAGCCGAAGGAGAGGCUGAGGUUGAGGGAGAAGAUGAAGAUGUCAACAUGGAUGAUGCAGAAGAAGAGACCCCUGCGGAGACCGCUGGAUCAAAGGUCAUUGUUGUUCAUGUUGGCAGCCAAAACCUACGGAUUGGGCUAGCUAGCGAUGCCUUGCCAAAGACAGUACCGAUGGUAAUUGCCAGAAAGUCGACUACGAGUGAGAGCGAAGACCAAGAGGAACCAAAGCCCAAGCGUGUGAAGCGAGACGAUGGUACCACCGAGGAUGAGCCGGAAAAGAUGUUUGGAGAAGAGUGGUCGUCUCAGUUCAACAAGAUGUCGGCAGAACUCAAGGUCCGGAUGCGCCUCAACAAGCGAAGAAUGCUGCCUAACUCAAAGGAAAUGGUCGUCAAUUACAACCGGAAAGUGGUGCCAGACCCCAUUUCAGAACACAAUGACCCCAUGCGUAUGGAAUGGACCGAGCUUUCAAAUCCCUCGCCGGAGUAUAUCGUUGGUCAUGAUGCUUUAAGAGUACCGGACGCCUCAACCCCGCGUUACAAGUUAUAUUGGCCAAUCAAAAAUGGAUGGUGUAAUGAAAAUGACUAUCAGAGCAAACAGAUGAUAUUCUUGGAUAUUGCACUAAUCCUGGAAGAAGCGAUCAAAAAUCAAUUGGGUCUGACUAGCAAGAAAAACUGGACCCAGUACUCUUGCGUGUUCGUCAUUCCAGAUCUCUAUGAUAAGUCCUAUGUCACACAGGUCCUGGAGAUUUUGAUGCGGGAGUUCUCAUUCGCUCGUGUAUGUUUCAUACAAGAGAGUCUGGCGGCAACCUUUGGCGCAGGAUUGACUUCCGCUUGUGUGGUCGAUAUUGGAGCACAGAAAACAUCAAUCUGCUGCGUUGAAGAAGGCAUGUGCGUGGAAAACUCGCGGGUGAAUCUGAAAAUGGGUGGCCGGGAUGUGACUGAGGCCUUUAUCCAAAUGAUGUUGUAUGACCAUUUUCCAUACGCAGACAUCAACCUGUUCCGCAGGUACGAUUUCUUGUUGGCCGAAGAACUUAAGAGAAGUAUCUGCACUAUGAACGAAGCUAGCGUUUCGCCGCAGGUGUUUGACUUUCAUCUUCGAGUGGCGGGCCAAGACACCCAGAAGUACACCUUCAAAGCCUUCGAUGAAGUUCACCUGGCCCCAAUGGGUUUCUUCGAGACAACUAUUUUUGAUAACACUCAUAAGCUUGAUGGACGACGGAAGCUUAUCAAAAAGUCUAUUGACAUUUACGAUGGUCAGCCGAAUGACCCCAUCUCCGCCGCUCAGUCUGAAAUUCUCACUGCCCUUGCUCCCCCACUUCCCAAGGUCAACUUAGACGCCCAACAAUCCGUGGAUGCAUCUAGUCGCCCUCAGCCACCCAAUGCUCUAGGACGGGUACAGGAACAAGAAGGUACACCACAAUCGUCCGUUGCCGGGUCUCCGGUACCAGAGGUUCCAGGUGCUCAGGCUGGCGGAGCUACAGCUGCUGUCUCCGCACCGACAAGUCAACCUCCUCCUUCUGUGGAUUAUCGGGAUGAUAUCUUGCCCGUGUUCUCCCUCGACAGCGCAAUUCUGACCUCAAUUGCCCAUGCUGCCCGCUCAGAUGAGAAGAAGAUGCGUGAUUUUAUUGGUGGUAUCAUGGUUGUUGGUGGCGGCACCCUGACUAGUGGAUUCCACCUGUUCUUGGAGGAGAGACUCCAAGCACUCCGUCCUGGUUUUGCGAAAGAUAUCAUGAUUGGAGUGCCACCACGAGACUUGGAUCCCCAAGUUGUUGUAUGGAAGGGUGCUAGCAUUUUUGGCAAACUUAGCGGGACUAAUGACAGCUGGAUUGGAAAACUAGAGUAUGAUCGGCUGGGUCAUAGGUUGAUGGCCUACAAAUGCAUGUGGGCCUACUAG